AUUAUUUUAACUAUGAAGACAACGUCCAAAACAAAAUCUUUAAAAACAGAAUAAAUAAUUAUUUGGGUAAUAUUUUCGUCAUAAAAUCUUGGUAAGUGUGUGGAUUUGGACUUUAUAUAAACUAUCAUUUGCAUGGCAUUUUAUGCUCUUUAUCCGAUACAUCAUGUGUUCUUUGGUAUGUUAACUGGGAACCAAUAAAACUGUCCAACUAUCACAAAGAUCACAGUAAUCACAUGUACACUGAUCUUUGAGCUCUCUUUAUUUUCAAUUGGACAUAAAGAAAAAAUAACAGUGGCAGAGCAACAGAAGAUCAGGAUUUAAAAUGAAGAUGAUCAAUGUACUGUAUGUAUACUUUCUGACUCUUUUCUCAGCAGUGUUGUGUGAAAGACUUCAUGAUGCAGUAUACAAGCUGAAAAUGGAUGAAGCAUUGCUAACAUUUCACAGUGAACUACAGUACAGUAUCAGUGUUCUCUACACAUCAGAUUACUGUUAUAAGUGUCUUUAUCAGAAACUUGCCAUAGUUAGGAAUGGACAACAGAAUGUGUCUGUUGUGGUACGCGCUCCAUUUCAAUUGACAUUAAGAAUCUUACCUGUGGAUGGAAACAGCACUCUGUGCAGUCUGAGUCAGACAUUUGAGGAAGCUGGCCAUUAUUCUCUCUGGAUGAGGCAGUCAGGCUUGUUAAAUGAUGUAACCUGUUCUCUCACUGUGGACAAGAGUCCACACAAUGCCUACCUGCCUUUGUUGGUGGCAUUUUUGAUUCUGGCUUUUGCUGCUAUCUUUUGGGCCUCUUUGCCUUAUAUUAGGAGAUGUAGAUGUACACAAAGGCUAAAGGAUCUUGUCUGCUGUCACGGGUCCCAAUACUCCAUGGAAAGCGAGGAGACCACUAAUGAACUUAGCGUGGAACAAAACAAAUCAAAGUCAACAAGACUGAAGUCAUUAGACACAUUUCGAGGAUUCUCUCUGACAGUCAUGGUGUUUGUGAACUACGGAGGAGGUGGAUACUGGUUUUUCGAGCAUGCACCAUGGAAUGGUCUCACAGUAGCCGAUCUUGUGAUGCCAUGGUUUGUGUUCAUGAUAGGUACUUCUGUAGUGCUAGCCUUCAGCUCGAUGCAUAAGAAAGGUGUUCCACGGCUACAGCUCCUUCGCAAGUUAUCCUGGAGAACCAUAGUCCUGAUGCUCAUCGGGUUCUGCUUCAUAAACUACAGCCCGAGAGAUGGUUUAUUAUCCUGGUCCUGGUUACGGAUACCCGGAGUCCUCCAGCGUUUGGGUUUCACAUAUUUUGUCCUGGCACUGAUGCAAACCUUCUCUACCCACAGAGAGAUCCCUUUGAAGGUGCAUCACUGGUGGAACCCUAUUCAGGAUGUGGUUUUGUACUGGCCAGAAUGGCUCUUCAUUGCCUUGCUGGAGAUCGUGUGGCUCUGUAUAACAUUCUUCAUGCCUGUUCCAAACUGCCCCACUGGAUAUUUGGGAGCUGGUGGUAUUGGAGAUUAUGGUCUGCAUUCCAACUGCACUGGAGGAGCCGCUGCAUAUAUUGACAGGUGGUUGUUAGGGGACAAAAUCUACUGGCAUCCAAGCUGCAAGGUCUUGUAUCGUACAACACAGCCCUUCGACCCAGAGGGUGUUCUGGGUACAAUUAAUUCCAUAGUCAUGGGUUUCUUUGGGAUGCAGGCUGGAAAGAUUCUUCUGUUUUUUCGUGAAAUGAAUCGCAGCAUCCUGACACGAUUCCUUGCAUGGGCCCUCAUCCUGGGAAUCUCUGCAGCCAUCCUUUCUAAGUGCACGAGAGACGAAGGAUUUAUACCUGUCAAUAAAAACCUUUGGUCUCUGUCAUAUGUGACCUGCAUGGGCUUCAUGUCCUUUGUGUUGCUAGGUGUGAUGUACUUUGUCAUGGACAUUAAGAAGUGGUGGGGAGGGAAACCUUUCAUUUAUCCUGGGAUGAAUUCAAUUUUCGUUUACGUGGGUCAUUCUCUACUGGGCACCUACUUCCCCUUUAGCUGGGAGAUGCGUUUUCAAGACAGCCACUGGGAGAAGCUCUUCCAAAACCUGUGGGGUUCUGCACUUUGGGUCUUCAUUGCUUACCUGCUGUACCGCAAGAGAUUCUUUCUCAAAAUCUGAUGCCAUUAGAUCUCUCGUAACAUUGGCCACAGGCCACCUUAACAGCCACAACCAUCGGAGUUAGACUAAUCCAAAUUAAGCAUAAUAUUAUGUUAUUAAAGUGAUAAUUCACCCAAAAAUGAAAAUGAUGUCAUCAUUUAAUCAUCUUCUUGUCAAACCUGUGACUUUCUUUCUUGCGCGAACACAAAGGGCACUCAUUCACUUCUAUUGUGUGGACACAAAACCAAUGCAAAUCAAUGGGUACCGUCGUGGUUCGGGUACUAACAUUCUUCAAAAUAUCUUCCUUUGUGUUCUGCGCAAGAAAGAAAGUCAUUUAGGAUUGAAAUGAGUGUGAGCUCUUCAAUGAUGACAGAAUUUUCAUUUUUGGGUGAACUGUCGCUUUAAGGUAUAAUCUGUGCAGGAUGUUAGUAAAAGUGUUUUGAUGCAUUUAACAAAACAAUCUUGUAUCAUGAAAAUCAUCUACACUUUCAGUGUUUUGUGAGAUUUUAGUAUCUCUCAGAUUGAAAUUGGUGUAUUCCCAUGUUCAAUUAGUUAAUAGGCAUAUGAGCUGAGACCAGGGAUCAGAUUUACUGUCUUCCUUGGACACCUGCAAUGUUUUAUUUGAUGUCAGUUGUGUUAAGACCUGAAUGUAGUGAUUAAAUCAAAUUCGCUGAAGUGGUACUUAACAAAUUAGAACAAGCAAUUCCACCACUUGAGGGGUAGCCAUUAUGUAUCAGUUGCCAUGGCCACCCCCCCAGUGCUGUGAGACAGAGAGUGGGUACCAUCUGCUUUUCAACUGACAGCCCUUUAAUAGGGGUCAAGCUGUACGGCUCACUGAAGACUGGCUCUUUUCUUGCCCCACUAAUGCGAAAUCAUGGACAUUACACUGCCAGCUCACAUGCAUGUAGACAAACUUUGCCAGUAACGCAAAAUACUCAUGUUAAUAUGUCAAGUCAUAUUCAUGGGACUGAAAACUCUACAAAGUUUCCUUUGUAGACCAGAAACCUCCAGUUCACCCAAAAAUGAAAAAUUCUGUCAUCAUUUACUCAUUUAACUUUUGUCAUUUCAAACCUAUAUGAUAUUCUUUCUUCUGGUGAACACAAAAGAAGAUAUUUUGAAGAAUGUUGUUAACCAAUCAGCGACGGUACCCAUUCACUUGGAUUGGUUUUGUGUCCAUACAAUAGAAGUGAAUAGGUUUGUCGCUGUUCAUACAGGUUUGAAAUUAUAAGUGAUUACAAAAAGAAAAUGAUUACAAAAUUUUCACUUUUGGGUAAACUAUCGCUUCAAGCAGUAGGCUGCCCAUUUCUUACACCAUCACCGAAUCCCACUCUGGCACUAAGGCCUGGUUUCACAGACAAGGCUUAAGGCUAGUCCUAGACUAAAAUGAAUGUGUGACCUGUCUUAACUGAAUAUAACUUGGCCAGAAAUAGCAAAAAAUAUAUCAGUGCCAUUGUUGUGUCUCAAGAUGCACACCAGUAAUGUAUUCUUCUAAGGUAUUUUUAUAAAUGCGACAUAAAUAUCUUAAUUAAACUAAGGCAUAAUCCUGUCUUAAACUAAACCGUGUCUGUGAAACCAGGCCUAAGUGUUCAAAUUAUGAAAUCUAUCAGGAUGCAAAGAUUUAAUCUCGCUUUCUAAGAGUUCUGAGAAAUGCCUCGGUGCUGACCUCUCUUACUCAUAUCGACUGCUGUUGAUAAACUGCAUGUAGCUGUGAACAUGCUCGACCUGAUUUUGCCAAGUUGGUUGGGCAACAUAUUUUGUUGAGCUAAGGACAACAUUUUUAUAAAUAAAACCUAAACCCACACCAAACCCCAACCCUAACCAUAACUUACCCCUAAAAUCAGAGGGAAAUGAUAAGUGAAAAACAAUGGUCUAGAAGCACCUAAUCCUGGUUGGAAGAUUAAACUUAAAAUAAACUGUAAACUUAUUUCUGAAAUCUGAUUGGUUGAUUUAAAUGUUGUCCCAGGGUCAACAUGAUGUUGCCCUAAGGACAUCAACCACUUGGCAAUGAACACAAUGUCUGCUUUUAUCUUCCAAAGUACAGAAGCGAAAACGAUCAUGUGUAGUCUAAAUGUAUAGUUUUCAUAUCUGUCUUUAUCUAGCGCUAAAGAGUUCUAUAGGGAUAUUUAUAUUGUACUGAAGGGGCUUAAACAUUUGAACCUGUAUAGAACUCAGCUGAGCCCUUUCUCUCUGUUAGUUAAUGAGAAGGCUUUUCAUUGUGAGAAGAUCAUAUUACCAAUUUGUACUAAGCAGGGUCUAUGAGUGAAGCAAACUGGUCAACUGAUUUUGGGAAUUGACUAAUGACUAGUGCGCUAAACUAUGUCCCAGCGGGAGUAUGGGCUUUAUUACUGAUAUAGUUUCAACUUCAACAGUAAGCACUUUUUGAGUCAAUAAUUUUUUUAUCAAGUACUUAUGAUUAUUAUUUAAUGAAGGGUAUAUAUGCACAUCUGUAAUAGCAAAAUACUACUGAGAACACAUACACAACAAACAGCCUGUAAAUAAUAUUGUACUUUCCUGUUGUCUACUAGGGAGAAUCUGUUUGACAGUAUCUGACAGUAAAUAUUGUGAUCUUAUUUACUUCAUAGAAUGUGCUGAAGCUUUUAUCCGAACAUGAUCUUUUAAAGUAACCACAGCAAAAAAGAAAAUGAGAUGGUGGAAUAUAUCAUGAUUCUGCAUUGGCUUGCCUAUAUUGAUUUACACUGACCAUAUGUCUGAAAAUACCACUGUGUGCCUGGUUUUAAGUAACCUGAGCUUUGUUAAUAGGCAUCAUGUCUAAGGUUAUGUACCUACAUGUAGCUAUGUAAACAAAACCAUCCUGUGGCUAAUAUGCAGAUUAAAAGAAUAUUUAUGCGACACCACACAGCCACAAAAAAAGUGGCGCUUGAAACAAUACCUCUGUGUUUUUUGUAUUCUCAUGACCUGUAGUCUGCAUAGUCAGAUUACAGGUCAUGAGUAGUUUGUGUAGUCUUGACCCCAAUUGUAUAUUGUUCCAAACAUGAUUGACCACCAUCAUAUAUUUCCCUGUAGAUUAAUACUAUAUCCAUACUCCACUUUUAGAUGUUUUUAUGAAUGAUGAACAGCUCAAACAAUUGCUCUGAAUAGCUAUAAACCGAAGGCUGUUUGGGCUCUUUCUCUUAUGCACGCUUUAUUUAAAGUCUCCACUAUUGUUGCGUUUGGCAUCCAUCAAAGCAGACGUUGAUUGGAGUGAUUGCCCUGUGAUGCUCUGGUGGGCUGCCCUAGAGGCAGAGUAAUGCAUCAUGCUUACCCCUCUUCACAAAAAGCUAAGCCAUCAGCUGGUCCAACAGCACCCCAGCACAGCUAUACACUGGCUCACAGACUGCCAGCAGACAUCAGGGCCAAAACAGGCCGGCACCAUUUUGAACUCGGAGCAACCUUGUUAAACCUUGGCCCCUGUACUAAAACGCUUGAUUACUGAUGAAGAAAAAUGCUUAUCUGAACGCACUGUCUGACAUUUAUAGAUGGUAAUUGAGCCAAAGUCUUCAAAUUAAAAGGCUGUGACCGAAUUCUUGUCAGUAUUUACUAUUUUCAAAUACCCAAGGAACAAUAGGUUUGGCCUUGGUUUGAUCCAAAAUGGUCAAGUCUGUCUUUUUGUCUGUCUUUGUACCUGUACACUUGAUUUUUGUUUUGUUUGUUUAGAGAGGAAUGUGGAUUUUUAAGAGAAAUUUUGAUUCAAAAACUGUCCGAAGUGAUGGAAAGGUCUGGCACUUGUAUUUAUUUUUAUUUAUUUACAGUGUUUUAUUGUGAAUUAUUUGUGAAUCUUGUUGUUUGUCACUUUAAUGACCCUGCAGUGGAUCUAUUCUUGUUAUCAUACAGGUUUUGUCUAUAAAAGUGUUUAUUUUCCAUACAGUAUAUAGCACAAACGUCUGCAAAUGUAUCUGUAGACGACAACUAUAACCAUUACUUUUUGAGAUAGGCCUACUUGAGUUUUAUAUGAUUUAUAUGUCUGCCCUGCAUAAUUACAAUUGUGUAAAACAACUGUAAUUCAGAAAAAAAAACUAUCAAUCCUUAAUAAUAAA